UCACUUAAUUAUAAAGGUCUUUCACCCACACAGAUAUCCAACAGGAAAGUCAGAAGUCCUGCAGAACACAGAACUAGUCUUUGUUUACAAAGACUGUUCCACAAACUACAGGACUACUACCUACCCUGGCCUCACUCACUAAAUGCCCUUAAAUCAUUCUAGUAACCAGAAACACUCUCACAAAUUUCUAGAAUACUUCCUUAAAAGCAGUACUACUACCUCCAAUACUACCCCCAUUGAGAACCAUAUCUCUAACCAAGAACAGUCCUGACUGAAAUAGCUAUGCUACAGAGAAACCAAAGAAUAUACAAGUAUAAUAAAGUAUUUUGCCAAAUCACUGAUGAUUUUAAAUGCUUAAUUACUGUUAAUAGUUUGCAAGGAUUAAAGCAGAUAAAGGUGUCUAUAAUUGGUCCUGAAAAAGAUAUUUAAAUUUAGGUUUGUUUUGAAGCUCAAAGAAAUUCUUAAGCAACAUGAGUAUCUGCUGCCUAACUUGGUAAAAACUGGAGGAGAAAAGUAAGGCAGGCAAACACUGACACUUGUGGCCAUUCUGAGAUUGCUAAUUUGCACUCAGGCUAAUGUCUUGCUUUGUAAAUUCAAAGAAACAUUAAACUGGUUCACAAAUUAUCUAUUGACUUUAGAGGAAAAUCAUAAUCUUUUAAUAAACAGUUUUCUUCAAAAAGGAAAAACUAUUUACUAACAAUAAAUAAUCAAAAUAAACAAUUUGUCUAGAUGUAAUGAAACAAGACUGCAUCUGGUUCUAAAUCAAAACAGUUAAGAGGGAUAAACUCCAAGCAAACAUUACUAUGCAAAAUUGUUUAGUGACCUCAAUAAAACUAAAACUAUUCUCUAAAUAACUGUGUCAAAUGAGUUUUCAGAGUGAUAUGGUGGAAAGCACACCUAACCCAAAACAUUAAGACUUCUGUUCAGCAUUGGAAAAGAUAGCUAGGUCUUGUGGUGAGCACAAGCUGAAAUAAAUGAAUUCAGGAAUUCAGUAGCCAAUUACUCAUACUAAAGCACAAACAGGAAUGGAGACCAAUGUAGGUAAGACCAGAUUUAUGGCUCCCUUCUCAUAUUACUCAAGGAUAUUUGUUUAUUCCCACUAAAUGGGAAUCACCACCCUAGCUGAAGUGUUCUCCCCCUACCUGUUUCUCUUGCAAUCUUUUUAUCAUGGACAUACAGUUGAAUUUAUAUACCUAUAUAAAAAGAUGAUAUAACUCCACGAGUGACUAUUAGUGAGUACUGGAACAGAAAAUUUGUAUCUGAUUCAUCAUGAUGAAUCAAUCAUUCAGAAACAAUUAGCUCUCUGAGUAAAAUGGUAAUUAUUUCUAUACCCAGUAAAAAUUGAGAAUUAGGAGGCAUUACAAAUCCUGUCCUUAAAUUCUGGCUACUUAAGGGGUAUUCUAGACAUGCCCAAGAGAAUCCUAAAAUUAGCCUGGAGUUCUAGCCAUACUAUAUCUAUAUCUAUAGUAAUGGCUACCUCUUUUUCCCCUGGGGAUGUGUUGUAAGAUUAAAAAUAGACUAUUCAAGUAACAAUUACAAGCCAUUUAUAACCAUAAAACUUAACAAAAUAGCUGCCAGUUUGCAGAGUCUGACAAAGAAACCUGUCACAUUUAGUGACUUAGUUUAACCAUAGAAUUCAGAUGUUAAAAGAAACCAGACUAAAGGAAGAACUUCUACAAGCUUGCCUGUCAUAAGAUUUUUACAGUUUCUCUUGACUGGAACAUGUAGGUUGCUAGAAAAACUCACUAAAGGAACUUUUAUCUCAUGCCUGCUCUGUUAUUCUGUACUUUUAUGUAAAGUUCUUAACCAGCUUAACUUAAACUUAAAAAAUAGGUUGCAGUAUACUUAGGAGUUUAAAGUAAAUUCCAGUUAAGUACACAGGCAGCUUUUGUUAAGCAAUUUUUAGAAGGCUCUUGCUGUAUAAACACUUGCCCCAUAGCAAACAUAGGUAAGAAAAACUUACUGGAAACUCAAGAGUUCAAACCAAUACUGGAGGGAACCACUAAUGAACAGAUUACCCAUAUAACUCUCUUAAUAAUCAAGAUCCAUAAUAAACCCAGUAAGGCAUCAAAAAAAUAAAGUCCCAUCAAAAGAAUUGGCAAAACUAAUUGUUUUAUCUCUCCCUGGAUAAAGGGGUAAGGAAUGUGUCAAAAUCAUCUUUAUAUCCCCAACAUUUAAUAAGCUGUGCUUAAAUGCAAAUGUUGACAGGCAGUAAUUGACCAAUACAUAUUUGUUUAUAAGGGUGAAUAAAGUGAAAAUAUAAAUAUGCAUUUAUAUUAAUAAUUCUAUUUAUGAUUCCUGGGUAUGUUAUACCAGUGUUAUCAAAAAGAAAAAUUCCCUCAAUUUCUCCAGCAGUGCCAUGUACUGUAAUGUUUAACAACAGAGGAUAAUAACUUAAUCUUGUUUCAAUUCCCAACUUGGCCUCUUUCUCAUCACUAUUUAGCUGAUAUUUGAGUUAAUUAGUUAACAACUCUACUUAAUGGUUCUUCAUCUUUUAAAUGGGUAUUACAAUAGUAAAAUUAUUUUAAGGAAAAAGUCACUUACAUAGCAGGUAAGCUCAGGUAGGCUUAGUACACAAUCUGAUUUUAGGUAAACAAUAAAUAGUCACUGCUGCUAGCUUCAUAGUCAAAUCCUAUAUAAGGAAUCACCAAUAAAUAAAUAUGGUCUACAAAAAUCCAUUUGUACUUUUGGAAAAUAAGUUAUUUUAAGUGGAUUCUUAAGCAUUACUCUGUUACCUAAUUUAUCUAACUUAAAAAAAAAAGCUGUGAGCACUGUAGUAUGAGUGUAUAUAGGGACUUAAGCUAAGAAAUCUGAGUUUUAGUCCUGUCCUUCAAACUUAACUAGGAAAAGUCAAAGCUCUAGGGCCUUAGUUUCCAUUUAUAAAAUUAUCUGUUUUUUCUGUAAUAUUCAUUCUAACAUUCCUAAGAAAGUCAAACAGUCUUGGGGUUCCUAAAACUACAAAGCACAUUUCAUCAGCAAAGCUCAAAAAUAUAAUUAGAACAUGGCUAGUGGCCACUGAAUUAAAAAUAAAAAAUAUGAGAAUAAAGAUAUCUAGAAUAUUAGAGAAAAUAUAAAUCUAUAUUCACUUGAAAUAGCAGGCAAUAUUGGGAGAGACAGAUGAGAUGAAGAGUAUGUACAACUAUAAACAUAGCUUCAGCUCCAAAACCAUAAAUUUCUACGAGUUAUUUACUGUCCCUAGAGUCUCAGAGGAAAAACUGAUAAUAAUAGCUAUUUAAGAAACAGAAGACAGACACACACACACACACACACACACACACACACACACACACACACACACACACACCUGCACCAAUGCUCUGCAGGAAAAAAGAAGCAAGGUGCCAAAGUGCCCAGGAAACUAACCUUAUUAAAGAAAGAUUUCAGAGUAUGUCGUGCUUACAAAAUCUGCUUCAUGGUAAGUUACUAAAUCAUCUUGAAAUAUUAGAGUAAGUAAACAUAAUUAGUAAAAUUUCAUUACUCACCGAAAAGAUUCUACAUAAGUGUUCUAUAUCUAUUAUAUUAUUUUGUUGAGUUCUGCUAUUAAUAGAUGUAAUUUUAAAGAAUAGGAAAAGUAAAUAAAAAUUAAAUGCCAAUGAUUUAAACUAAUCUUUACUCGUUUCAAGAACACCAGAAACCACAUAAAAGCAAAAAAAAAAAGGGCUGUAUCACAUCACACAUGAGUAAAGCAAUCCACAGCAACUGAUUUAUAUAAACCCCAGAAAACAGGGGAAAGUCUAAAUUACAAAGAUAAAUGAUUUAUGAGUCUUAACUAGAUGUUAUUAAAACCAGAGCAAUUUGAGGAAAAAAACUUCAGGAGGAGGGGGUGCACUGAAGGGGUUAAAUUAUAUCAACUUAUAUAUAAAAGCUUAUAUUGCUUAUACCCUAUAAAAGCAUGUAAGAAACAUGAAAAACAGCAUCUAACAGAAAACAUUAAGUCUGUACUUAAGCAUAAAGUAAAAAAAGGAAAUAUGCGGCAAAAAAUAAAAUAGCCAUUCAUUUCAUAAAUAUCCCAUUUUCAUAUUAUUCACUCAUCACUAUACUUGUACUGAAUGUAUAUAAUUUAUCACAGGGAAGCAAAAUCUCUACACUUCUCCCUACCUUAGAUUUUUAGUCAAAAUGAAUGCAAACAAUCACGUGGGAUUCAGCCAAGCAGUGACGUUAAAUUCUGCUCUGUCAGAGAGAGCAUCUGUCAAGCCCACAUUUAAACUGCUGCCUGCCUGUGCAGCAGCGGAGGAACCGUGGAUUUCAUAUUAUAGACUAAAACCUCAGCAAAACUGCUCAAAAUCCUUCCUGCAGCUGCCAGGCAACAACGAAAGAAAAGAGGUAAAUCCUAUUCUUUUCCAAUACAAUCGAAGCACUACAGUCUAGCUCUGGCUGCUUUACAUUGCAGCUCAGUGUUAUUACUAGAAAUAUGGAUACUGAGAAGAGAACACAGCACUGCAUUGUCCAGCCAGGAAAACAGCAGAUGUAAAAAGCUUCAAUGCAUCAACUGUCGGGAAGAGUCAACAGUGCUCCAAAUAGAACGGACAACUACAGCUCUUUUGUUUAACAAAAGAGAGAGAAAAUGAAAGAAAGGGAAAAUUUCGGACGUCUAGGACCCAUAUGAACAAGGAGGGUAACUGGAAGACAAGCAGACAGAUGGACACUUUGGAUACUGUGAAAAGCAAUCGCAGGAGGCAGACUGUUGGGGGAUGUGCGCAUGUUCGAUAGCAUCUUUUUUGCUGAAGUGAUGGCGUGCCAAAAGUAUUUUCAGUGGGCAUAAUCCUCUGCACAUAAAUGGCCUGACCAAGAAAGCAUGACUGCGAGGGACACGACGUGAUCAAAUUAGAAAAUGAUUGCCAAAGAACAGUAUUGAUUCAGAAGAAGAUAACAUUUUCAGUCACCAAUAUCUCAUAUACCACUACCAGACAUUUACAACAUGCUUCAGUGCAGGAGAAGACACUGCUGCUUUGCAAAGAUGACCUGGAAUGCCAAAAGGUCUCUGUUCCGUACCCAUCUUAUCGGAGUACUUUCUUUAGUGCUUCUUUUUGCUGUGUUUUUGUUUUUUAAUCAUCAUGACUGGCUGCCAGGCAGAAAUGGAUUCAAAGAAAACCCUGUUACAUACACUUUCCGAGGAUUUCGUUCUACAAAGAGUGAGACAAACCACAGCUCCCUUCGAAACAUCUGGAAAGAAACAGUCCCUCAAACUCUGAGGCCUCAAACAGCAACUAACUCUAAUAAUACAGACCUGUCACCACAAGGAGUUACAGGCCUGGAGAAUACACUUAGUGCCAAUGGAAGUAUUUACAAUGAAAAAGGUACUGGACAUCCAAAUUCUUACCAUUUCAAAUACAUUAUCAAUGAGCCUGAAAAAUGCCAGGAGAAAAGCCCUUUUUUAAUACUGCUAAUAGCUGCAGAGCCUGGACAAAUAGAAGCCAGAAGAGCUAUUCGGCAAACUUGGGGCAACGAAAGUCUAGCACCUGGUAUCCAAAUCACACGAAUUUUCUUGUUGGGCGUAAGUAUUAAGCUAAAUGGCUAUCUUCAACGUGCAAUACUGGAAGAAAGCAGACAAUAUCAUGACAUAAUUCAACAGGAAUACUUAGAUACAUAUUAUAAUUUGACCAUUAAAACACUAAUGGGUAUGAACUGGGUUGCGACAUACUGUCCACAUAUUCCAUAUGUUAUGAAAACUGACAGUGACAUGUUUGUCAACACUGAAUAUUUAAUACAUAAAUUACUGAAGCCAGACCUGCCUCCUAGACAUAACUAUUUUACUGGUUACCUAAUGCGAGGAUAUGCACCUAACCGAAACAAAGAUAGCAAGUGGUACAUGCCACCAGACCUCUACCCCAGUGAACGCUACCCUGUCUUCUGUUCUGGAACUGGCUAUGUUUUCUCUGGAGAUCUGGCAGAAAAGAUUUUUAAAGUUUCUUUAGGUAUCCGUCGUUUGCACUUGGAAGAUGUGUAUGUAGGGAUCUGUCUUGCCAAGUUGAGAAUUGAUCCUGUGCCCCCUCCCAAUGAGUUUGUUUUCAAUCACUGGCGAGUUUCUUACUCAAGCUGUAAAUACAGCCACCUAAUUACCUCUCAUCAGUUCCAGCCUAGUGAACUGAUAAAAUACUGGAACCAUUUACAACAAAAUAAGCACAACGCCUGUGCCAACGCAGCAAAAGAAAAGGCAGGCAGGUAUCGCCACCGUAAACUACACUAGAAAAGACAACUUUUUUUCAAAUGUGCAAUCUGUAAAUAUUGCUAAAAGCAUGUAUAAUUAAAAUUGAUUAUACCCAUAGGACAAGUUUUAGUUAAAAUUCAUCACAUAAAGGAGUUCAAAAAUUAUUUUUUUCAUUUCUGGAAAAGGUAAUUCUUAAAACUACAACAUUAUAUGACAAAAAAGUAUCCCAAAAGAAUCUAUAAAAACCUGUGUAAGGGGAUUCUGUGUAUUAACAUGCAAUAACAAGCAUGCAUAAAUUAACAGUUCAAGCUCCAUGUUAGGGGCCAAUAAAACAUAUUUGCAUAUAUUUUCCACAUAAAUUUUAAUUUAAAAAAUGAAGAUAGUCAAAAGACUCUCCAUUUUAUAUUUAGCUUUUUGUUUUAAUACAUAAUUAAGUGUAAAUAAAACAUUAAUAUCAAUUUUAAGGAAACUUUGUAACUGAGCAAAGGACAAAUUUUCUGACCUGACUAUUCUAGGGUUCUAAAAACUGUAUUCCAUGCAAUAAGAUUUAGUUGAGUUAUUCCAUAAAUACAUUCAUAAAGCUCAGAUGUUUCGUCAAUGCACUUCUCAUCAAAGUAUUUACUUUUUGAAAGUAAUUGAAAUAUUCAUUUUAAUUUCCUUUAUCAAUCCACAUAUUGGGGGAAAUUAUUUUGACAUGAUGUGGUAAAAUGUAAAAAAUGUGUCUCAGGCUCAAGUUUUUAUAAAAAAAGUUAUUAAAUGUUUCAAAAUAGACAAACUGUUUCCUCAUUGGUGUUAAGGGCCAAACUAGUUUUUCAAUGAGUUAUUCAAUUAGAUCAAUCAUUGCACUCCUAAAGAGUAUCACCAUUUAACUUCAAGUAUAUCUGACUUCAAGUACAUCUACAAAAAUAACUGAAGCAAAAGCAAUCACCUAAAGGCACAAAUAGGUUGUAUUGCUGAAAAAAAAAACAAAGAGGGCAGGUGCAAUUUCAUUCAAUACAUUUUUAAGAUGCAUGUCUGCCAAACUGCAACAUACGGGAAGUUUAUUUCCUGACAGCAGGGGUACAAAUGCCAAUACUUAAUCGUUUUAUGGCACCUAUUUCUUUAUCUGAGUGCCGAGUUUACAAACCUGUAGUUUUUAAUUUGGUAGAUGACAAAUAUUCUGCAUCACCAGUUAAAAACCUUCCUGGGAGGGAUGGGGGAAACUACAAAUGUUUGAUGAACACUUGAUUCUAGGAUGAACAAUGUAUACAAUGGACUUUUAUCAAGUUUUUAAUAAAAAAUGGUAAACAAAAAACUUUA